AGUCUUAAACACACACAGAUUUUUUAUACUAUAUGUAAACUCACGCCUGUGUCUUGUGGGUUUCAUUUUACUUAUUUGCGGAAACGAAUAUGGCCAAACCCCUCCUCCUCUCCAAGCAUUGAUUGCGAAAUGAGCCGGUCGUUGGUGGGCGGUGGAGGUCACGCGCCGCCCUUCACAGUGUCGCAGUGGGCGGAGAUGGAGCAUCAAGCCUUGGUUUUCAAGUAUCUCAAGGCCGGCCUGCCUGUUCCUCCGGACCUCUUGGCCCCUAUUCGCAACAGCUUCAACCUCAUCUACCCCGAUUUCCUGCGCCACCCCGCCUCUUUGACUUAUGCUUCCUUCUGUGGGAAGAAAAUAGACCCCGAGCCAGGGAGGUGCCGGAGGACAGAUGGCAAGAAGUGGAGGUGCUCUAAAGAUGCACAUCCAGACUCCAAGUAUUGUGAGCGGCACAUGAAUCGUGGUCGCUACCGUUCAAGAAAGCUUGUGGAAUCACAAACUGCUUCUCAAUCUCUGUCAACUGUGGCAUCGUCAGACAUAAGGACUGGGAGCCGUAGCCACAGCGGGAGCUUCCAAAACAUGCCCUUGCACUCACCAGGAAAUAGUGGAAGUCUAUGCUUUGGAAGUGAUGUAUCUCAGUUGAAGAUGGAGCCUAUACCCUACGGGAUAGUGAAGCGUGGAAACAGGGUCCUCGAUGGAGCAGAGGAGCAUAAUUUUAUGCCAGAAGCUUCAGGGAGUGCGAGAUCUGCUGGGGUGGAUAGUACUGUAGACAGUCCAUGGCGUCUUAUGACAUCUCGAGUUCCCUUGAACUCCUCAUCGGAACCUAGAAAUGGUUCUUUUUUGCUAAACAACUCCCAGCUGCAGACAUUGCAAGAUAGCGAACCAUUGACUGUUGAUGCUGCUAUGACCAAACAACAGCAACGGCAAUAUGUUGGUGGAGAGUUUGGCGUACUGAGAUCUCUAAAACAGGAACAGCAUUCUCUUCAGCCUUUCUUUGAUGAGUGGCCUAAAUCAAGAGAUCUGGGUUUCCAUCACAACGAUCCUAGAUCAACCAAUAGCUUAUCAAGCACAACUCAGCUGUCAAUGUCUAACCUGAUGGCUCCCUCUAAUUUCUUCAAGGAGCGAUAAAUCACCCAGUGCCCAGUGAUGCCUAUCCUUGAACCUGUGAGCUGAAUGUGUGAAUCUUCUUGUGUCUGUGCUAUGUGGGGUUCCUGUUUCCUGUAAUUUAAGCUCUUAUGUGACCACUAUGUUUUCUUUUAUUUGUAUUUCUGACAUUCAUGCAUGUACUACAGUAAUAAUGAGUUUUAGAUACUCUGAAGCAUGAAUGCUGUUCUCUUCAUCUCGGGGUGCUGUACAAUUCAUGCUUCUCAGAGAUUAAAGCUCUUAUGUAACCAAUAUUGCUUAGGCUAUCUAUUUGUAGUUUCACUUUGCUCC